AUUCAAAUAAGUUGAAACAUAAUUAUAAACAUAAAAACUAGCUAGCCCAUGCAUAUCCACAUCUACAUACCACUUAUGAUCACUGAAAACCGUCUUUAUUGCAUGACAAAAAUCCUCCUCUUUCAAAACCCACGCGGUACACCAUAUAACCUAGUGCUACUUAGCUGUAAUUCUUCACCCUUUUAUUUAUACUACAAAAAACACCCUCAAUUUAUUCACAAUAUUUCUCAAAAUAAUAUUCACAAAUUUCAUGCUUUUUCUUCAUAUCUAAUAUAAUUUCCUACUAAUAAAUUAAUAAUAUUGUUAUUGUUAUCAUGGGUUCUAACACUAUCAACAACAACAAACAACAACAUUCCAUGCAUUCAAUUACAACCUAUGAGUCUUCCUUAACCACCAACAACACCACCACCUUCGUCCAAGCAAAUCCUUCCAACUUUCGCGCUAUAGUCCAGCAGCUCACCGGGUCCCAUUCUGCCGUCUCCUCCUCCUUACAAGGCGGCGCCACCAUUCAAAGGGAUGUUUCCGACGUGGGGUCGUCGUUUAAGCUUCAUGAGAGGAGGCAACAACAAGGUGCUAUUAGGAAGUUGGAGAUGAUCAAGCUUAGUAGUAAUAAUAAUAAUAAUAAUAAUAAUAAUUAUUAUUAUAAUAAUGUUCCUAGUUAUAAUUAUAAUUACCAUCAUGGGCCUUCAAAUGGGUUUGGUAGGGUUAGAGGAGGGAAUGAGGUGGCUAUGGUUUCGCCCGUUUCGACGUUGGAUGGGUUGAGCCUAGGGGUUGGAAGCCCGAGCCCGAGGGCUGACCCUAGGAUUAGUAUGAGUGAGGAAGCAGAAAGGGUGGUUAUUGCUAACAAAGGGUUUUAUUUGCACCCGGUUAGCCCUUUAAGUGGUGGUGGUGGUGGUGGUGGUGGUUUGAGAGAUUGUGAGCCUCAACUCUUGCCUUUGUUCCCUCUUCAUUCUCCUAGAGAUGGUCAUCAAGAUUAAAUUUGUAUUAAUGAUUAUCUAUGAGUUUUGUUUAUUGUUAUUAGUUGUAGUUGGAAAUUAAAGAAUCUAGCUAAUUAGUCAAUUGAUUUUUCUAGUUAA